AGGGAUUAAAAUCGUGCGGCAACGGGUUGCUAUGCGAUAGACAACAUGGUGGUGUUGGACUCAUCCGCGUUCCAGCACCCGCGGGGGUCACAAUCAAAGCCUAAGAUGGUCUCGGAACUGUUGAGUCUCUACUGCCCUCCUACUCUCAGUGGCGCCGACGGUGUUCAUUCUCAGGCACCAACGAAGCACAAUCGAAAGUCCUCGCGAGCCGGCCUCUCGGAUGUGACACUGCCAGCUCUGACUCAACUAGGGCCUUUUCGAGUUGCCUGUAGCAGAGCGUUUGUCACCCUCAUCCACGACGGCAGCACAAAGGUUAUCUCUCAGGGUGUGACCUGCAGCCGGUCUCCUAGUCGUGAUGGCGACACCGGGUUGAAGACUCUUGGUCUGAAGACAAAUGGGAAACCUGGGCAUGAUCAUACAAAUGAAACAACGGAUGGCUCUCGCAUUCUUGGUGACUUGACGAAGGAAGAUCAAUUCAAGGAUCAUCCCUUCGUCCUUCAAUUUCCCGAAACGCGCUUUUAUGCCGAGAUACCUCUAACUAGCCCUCGCUGGGGUACGUUUGGCACUUACUGCGUGGUGGAUGAGGAGGAUCGCGCAUUGUUGGAAGACGAGACUAUCACGGACCUCAAGGAUGUUGCUGCUGGGAUUGUUCAGCACCUGGAAAAUGUCUAUACCGUGCAAUCUCAUGCCCGGUCGGACCGUCUGCUUCAAACCCUCAUGACCAUCAAAGGCCUUCCCAGUGCCGAUGAUACCGCGCACCGGCAUACAGAACCGCCAGCGCAAACUCAGUCAGCACUGUCUGAGAAGUUUGGCAACCUUUCAAUUUCAGUCGAGGAGACACAUGAUAUACCCCAACUGCCGACAAUGCCACAGCCGCCAGAGUCCCCAUUCUUUCAACAACCCGAGCCAGUUUUCAACCUCCCACCAGCCCGAGAAAAACACCAAGAACACCUGAGAAGAUGUUCCAUCGCAUCCAACCACCUGGUGACGGUGCCAGAAAAGGUGACUCCCUCACCUCUCAGUUCUUUGCUCUUUGCUAGAGCCAGUGCGUUGCUUCAGAGCGUGAUGGACCUGGACGGAGCUUUGUUCUUGGAUGCUUCGAGAAGCAACUCUAGGCGGUUUUCUUCGACCAGCGGCAGUGACUGGGAUGCGCAGUCCAAGGAUGGUGAUGGAAACAUCUCGACACAUUCAUCUUUAUUAUCAUCUCACGGUGGCUGGUCUGAGAAGUUGUGUGAGCCACUCGGGGUAUCUCUGUCGCAGUCCCAGAGAGCAAGCUGUUCAUUUAAGCUCGUUAUGACCGAGGCAUUGCUACAUGAUCUGUUCACGUGGUUCCCACAGGGUGAUAUCUUUUAUACCGAUCCUUCGAUACUAUCUCCCUCUGUCCAAUCUACGUACGGCGAUGGAUCUAUUGACGAGCAUGAACAUUCGGCGAACUACAUUACUGCGACACGCCUUGCUCGGGACUUUCCAGAUGCCAAGUCACUCAUCUUCUACCCCUUGUGGAACUGGGACAGGUCUCGCUGGCUUGCUGGUAUUGUGAUCUGGACAGGCGAGAAUGAAAGAUUGCUAGACGAAGACGAUCUGUACUAUUUGAAAACCUUCGCCGAUUUGGUCACCACAGAAUACCUGCAGAUUGGGUGGACAGCCACGGAGAAGUCCAAAUCGGACUUGCUUUCCUCUGUCAGUCAUGAACUUCGGUCACCUUUGCACGGUAUGCUCGCUAGUGCAGAAUUGCUACAAGCCACUACUCUUGAACCAGCUCAGCGGGAUAUGGUGACUAUGAUUGAGACAUGUGGACUGACUUUGCUGGAUACGAUGAACCACUUGCUGGACUUUACGAAAAUAAACAACCUCACCAACAUUUCCCGCCUUCAAAAAGACCGAACGGAGAACCAAGAGGUAGAUGUUGAUCACCUGGUUUCCGAGUUCGACGUGGGCACUUUGGUGGAAGACGUGGCUGACGCUUUGUAUUCGGGUCACCGGUCCCGUAUCAAUGCCUCGAAGAUUGCUGGCCGCUAUCUCGAUAGCGGAACUGGUGUCAGCAGUCGCACAGUCAGUUCAGAAAGUAAUCGGUCAGACGAUUCAAAUGACCUUUCUGUCGUUGUUCGCAUCGAAGAACAACCAUCUUGGGUUAUCCAAUCGGUGUCCGGCGGAUGGCGCCGUAUCGUCAUGAACCUUAUUGGAAACUCUUUCAAAUUCACCCAAUCCGGGCUGAUUGAAGUCUGCUUAUCCCAACGGGUUGACCGUGCCAAUGGAUCAAAAUCGGUGCAGGCACACCUAUCCAUCCGAGAUACGGGCUGCGGCAUCUCUCCCGAGUUUCUAGAGGAUAAGCUCUUCCAGCCUUUCACGCAAGAGAACGAUUUAACAGAAGGUGUUGGACUCGGCCUAAGCAUCGUUAGACAGGUUACUUCCUACCUUGGUGGUACUGUCGACUUCAGGAGCGAGGUCGGGGUGGGGACGCAAGUUGAUGUUUUUAUCCCUGUCGAGUUUAUCCAGGGUGCUUCCGAUGGAGUCCCUCCAACGCUGAAUAGCCCGAGUGUGAAGACCACAACCCGAGUCUGCCUAAUCGGCUUGAAUGGGUUCGCCGGUCUUGAUGGUGUCCCAGCUCAGGUAUUGAGCACCGAUGCCAAGCGCAAACUCUCUAUCCGGGGCGCGCUAAGCAAUGUGCUUCUGAGCCACUCCGGAUGGGCAGUCUCGUUUGCUGAUUCAGUUGAAAAGUCUUCUGGUGACAUCGGCGUCAUGGAGGAGUCGAUGUUGAAAAGGCUUUCGAGAAAUGGUGACGUUCACGCAAACUUCAAAACAGUGAUCAUCCUUGGCCAGCACGGGGUAUCUCUGCCGGGCAGCUUUGCCAUCAAAGGAGCUGACGUUAUAUACCUAUCCCAGCCAAUUGGCCCUCGCAAGAUAAACGAGGCACUACGGCGGUUUAAAGAUUCACAUCAAGAAUCAAGUCCCACCACCGAGAGCGCUGUCUCGGGCCCUUUCUCCGGUUUCACCACUCGUGGGCGAUCCUUGUCCGAUGCCUUUGCCCUUGCGAAGGGCACCGAGUCACCGCCUGUAGUCAAGGAUAGUGUGUCCAAUUACUCUCCUCCAUCGCCACGGGAUAAGCAAACGACGGAUCUUCAUGUGUUGCUUGUAGAUGACAACGAUAUCAAUUUGAAGAUCCUGUCAACCUUUAUGCGAAAAAUCGGUUGUAGCUUUGAGACAGCCAACAAUGGACUGGCUGCGUUAGAAAAGUACAAGGAGUCGAGUGGAAACUACGACUACGUCUUGAUGGACAUCUCCAUGCCAAUCAUGGACGGGGUAGUCUCCACAAGCAAGAUCCGCGAGUACGAAGAACAGCAUUCUCUUCCCCGAGCCGCCAUCAUGGCAGUGACGGGGGUUGCAUCGAGCAGCAUGCAGCAACAGGCCUUUGCGGCCGGCAUAGACGACUAUCUGGUAAAACCAUUGUCGCUUCACGACUUGAAACGAAUUAUGAACAUCCAAUAAAUAUCUGGCGGGUAAUACAUGGUUGGGCGGUUUUGGUGUUGGGAUUCAGGCGCAUAUAAACAGAUACUGGUAUACCAUUUUCUUUUACUUGGAGCUCACGACUAGGAAUGGGAUAGAAUUGAGUUCAGUGUUAUGUUUUGGUGAUUUGGCUCUUGUUGGUUUGGCGCGAUUCCGGGGGAGACCAUAUCUACAUCGGCAGACCGAAUCUAACGACUACUUAGACCGAAGCGGUAAAAGCAACAAAUAAUGACUGCAGAUCCAUUCCAAUUGAACAGCCUCUGUGACCUAGAUUACCUCUUAAUCCUUUCACUUCUUCCUUUUGUCCGAUGGUCAGCGCUAGCCAACACCAAAGAGGGUCCUACUGAGCUAUUCUCCGAUCUACACGGUAGACAGGAGCACUGUG